GCACGCUACAGUAACCUUCCCUCCCUCCCUCUCUGAACUUCUGAAGUUUCUAGUGUUCGAGGAAUCCGCGAUCGGAGAUGAACUCGUCGAGCUUGCUACUGGAAGAGCCGAUUCGGAUGGCUUCCAUUCUCGAGCCUUCGAAAUCGAGCUUCUAUCCGGCAAUGACGAAGAUCAUAGGGACGCUGGGAACGAAAUCGCGAUCUGUAGACACCAUUUCGGAAUGCCUCAAAUCUGGAAUGUCUGUUGCGCGCUUUGAUUUUUCCUGGGGCGAUUCUGAGUAUCAUCAGGAGACAUUAGAAAAUUUGAAGACGGCCUCUAAGAACACGAAGAAGAUGUGUGGAGUUAUGCUGGACACCAUUGGCCCGGAAAUGCAAGUCAUCAAUAAAAGCAACCAUCCUAUUUCUCUUCAAGCAGACUCCUUACUGGUUUUGACUCCCGAUGUAGAAAAGGAAGCCACUUCAAAUCUACUCCCUAUAAAUUUUAGCUGCUUAGCAAAGUCGGUGAAAACCGGAGACAACAUUUUUAUUGGUCAAUACUUGUUCACAGGAAGUGAAACUACCUCAGUGUGGCUUGAGGUAACUGAGGUUAAAGGAGAGGAUGUGGUUUGCCUGAUAAAAAAUGCUGCCACCUUGUGCGGUUCUUUGUACACUUUACACGUCUCUCAAAUUCACAUUGAUCAGCCUACCCUGACUGAACAGGAUAAGGAGGUCAUAAUCACUUGGGGAGUUAGGAACAAGAUAGACUUUCUUUCACUGUCAUAUACACGACAUGCAGAAGACAUUCGACAUGCUCGUGAAUUUCUUUGCAAGUUAGGGGAUUUGAGUCAAGCUCAAAUUUUUGCAAAGAUUGAAAAUGUGGAGGGAUUGACACACUUUGACGAGAUUCUACAAGAAGCAGACGGAAUCAUUUUUGCCCGAGGAAAUCUAGGGGUUGAUCUCCCCCCUGAGAAGGUGUUUUUCUUUCAGAAGGUUGCACUGUUCAAGUGCAACAUGGCCGGGAAACCAGCAGUGGUUACUCGUGUUGUGGACAGUAUGACUGAUAACUUGCGACCCACUCGUGCUGAGGCAACUGAUGUUGCCAAUGCUGUGCUAGAUGGCUGUGAUGCGAUUCUCCUAGGUGCAGAGACCUUGCGAGGAUUAUAUCCUGUUGAGACUAUCUCGAUUGUUGGCAAAAUUUGUUCUGAGGCUGAGAAGGUUUUCAACCAAGACCACUAUUUCAAGAGAGCUAUUAAAAAUGUUGGAGAACCAAUGUCUCACUUGGAAUCUAUUGCAUCCGCUGCGGUGCGGGCUGCCAUCAAGGUCAAGGCAUCUGUUAUUAUUUGUUUCACAUCAUCAGGGAGAACAGCAAGAUUAAUAGCAAAGUAUAAGCCAACAAUGCCGGUGUUAUCUGUUGUUAUCCCUCUCAUGAAGAGCAACCAACUUAGGUGGACAUUUUCUGGGGCUUUUGAGCAGGCAAGACAAUCUCUCAUAGUCAGAGGCCUUUUCCCCAUGCUUGCUGAUCCUCGACACCCGGCCGAGUCCACUACUAACGCAACAAACGAGUCAGUGUUGAAGAUUGCGCUGGAGCAUGGGAAGGGCAUGGGGGUAAUAAAGCCGCAUGACCGGGUUGUGGUAUGCCAGAAGAUAGGAGAUUCUUCUGUUGUGAAGAUCAUUGAGCUUGAGGACUAGAAGAGCAAUCCAUAUCCAUGUAGGUUGUUUCAUUGCUCUUGUCUAAUUAAGCUUUUGCAUUACUAAUUCAAAAGCCAUUUUUCUUAGUAGCCAAUUGGUGAUUGGCAACUAUAAUCAAGUUUUUUUGUUAUCGUUUAGAGGCUUAAUACACUCUAUGUGCAUGA